UCUCUGCAGUCGUUGAACCAAUAUGCAGGAAAGGGGUUCUACACUUUGAUGUUGUUCUGUAGGAAUGGCUGAAGCUUCACUGUAACGUGUAGAACAUCAAGAGUGGACCAUCAACAAAACGUUAACAAUUGAUCAAAUGCAUCCAAUGACAAUGCCUGAAAUACUGUUGUCCUCAAUAUCUCCUAUUAGAUUAGCCCAAUAUGUACUCUUAAAGGGGCAAUCAGCAGUUGUUACAUCCAUUUUGGGACGUAUACAUUAAUGAUAUGUACCCAUCGGUUUCUUGAAGAAUUCACUUAUAAAUGCUUCAUGAGCUUAGUUCAACUGUCGUACCCCAUCAGAACCCCAAAUAUAUAUAUAUUUUUCUGUUAUUAGUCAGCUAGUGUGCUGGUUAAGUUAGCACUAGCCUAGCUAGCUAACAUCUCUGACCAUGAGGUCACUAAGCUACUCUUCUCUUGCUAAAGAAGAGGAGGCCUGCUGGACGGCGAAAGAAGGUCUUGAGGAAAAGGAGGCUGUUACAAUACAAAAACAAGUAGAGGACGAGGCUGUUACAGUGAAAGAAGAAGAGAAAGACGUUUCAGUGAAAGAAGAGGAAGACUAGUUCAGAGUGAAAGAGGAGGAGGAAGUUACAGUAAAAGAAGAGGAGGCAGAGAGAGAGGAGGAUGCAGUUUUUGGAGUGAAAGAGGAGGAGGGGGAGACGACUGUCACAUCAAAAAACGAGGAGGAGGAAACUGAAUAUCUGGGCCCUGUUUUUCAAACGCAUCUUAAGGCAUCCAAUUGUUCUAACAGUAAACUUAGCCGUAAGAUGGUUUUGGGAAACCGGGCCCUGAUUAACACUAGAGAGAGACGUGACGAUCUUGCAUCCUCUUGGGAGCCUCAACAACCUCAUGAUACUGACGAGGCAGAGAAGAGUCUCUCCAGUUCAGAACAUCUCAAUAAACACCAGCAGAGAUCCACAGGGAAGAAAUCUCACCACUGCUCUCACUGUGGGAAAAGUUGCAAAUCUUUAUCAGAACUUAAAAUACACCUGAGAAUUCACACAGGAGAGAAACCUUUUGCCUGUGAUCAAUGUGGGAAGAGUUUUACUCGGCUACAAACCCUGAAAUCACACCAGAGAAUACACACUGGAGAGAAACCUUAUAGCUGUAAUCAAUGUGGGAAGAGUUUUACAACAUCUAGCUAUCUAACUAUACACCAGAGAACACACACAGGAGAGAAACCAUAUAGCUGUGAUCAUUGUGGGAAAAGUUUUACUACAUCUAGCUAUCUAACUAUACACCAAAGGACACACACAGGAGAGAAACCAUACAGCUGUACUCAUUGUGGGAAGAGUUUUACUCAGCCAGACAGCCUGAUAUUACACCAGAGAACACACACAGGAGAGAAACCUUAUAGCUGUGAUCAAUGUGGGAAGAGUUUUUCUACAUCUAGCGUUCUCACUAUACACCAGAGAACACACACAGGAGAGAAACCAUAUAGCUGUACUCAAUGUGGGAAGAGUUUUUCUACAUCUAGCUAUCUAACUAUACACCAGAGAACACACACAGGAGAGAAACCAUAUAGCUGUAAUCAAUGUGGGAAGAGUUUUACUCAGCUAAACAGCCUGAUAGUACACCAGCGGACACACACAGGAGAGAAACCUUAUGGCUGUGAUCAAUGUGGAAAGAGUUUUGGUACAUCUGGCUGUCUGAAGACACACCAGAGAACACACACAGGAGAGAAACCUUAUAGCUGUGAACAAUGUGGGAAGAGUUUUUCUACAUCUAGCUAUCUCACUAUACACCAGAGAAUACACACAGGAGAGAAACAAUACAGCUGUAGCCAUUGUGUGACCAGAUUUGCUUGGCUAAACAGCCUAGUAUCACACCAGAGAACACACACAGUAGAGAAAUCUCAUAGCUGUGCUCAAUAGGGGAAGAAAUACUCUGAAAUACUCUGAUAUAAGAUCUCUGAUUAAACAUCAGAAAAUACAUGGAGUUUUUCAUGAUAUCAAUGAAAUAAUGUCUCAAUGUAGAAUGUUUUUAACAUUGUAGUAUGAGUAUUUUAAUGAAUGUCAGAAUGUAGAACCCUAAAUGUUUGCCUUCUGUUCUAUUGAUUUUAGCCUCAGGGGAAAAUUCCAGGUUCUGAAUUGAAAGAGUACUAUUUAUGAGAUUUAACAAAAAGUGACUAACUAAAAAAGAGUUGUUACACUUACCACGUUGGUGACCCACUAGAAUCAAAAUGAAACCAUUCAAAAUGUAGCUGGUUGUUUUCUACAAAUUGUCUUCUAACCAGUGAUGUAUAGAUUAUUCCCAGAUUCCGUGUGGUUUUUGCUGUGUUGGUUUUAACAGGAUGUGCAACCUCAUCUCCCCCCUCUCGCAUAAUUUAUUUCAAUAUGAUAUCGAUGAGUGAUGACAAAUAACUGUUGUGUUCCUUUGUUUAGCGACCCCUACAUUUAAAUGCAUCACUCCAAAAUGUAGCUGACUGACUUCUGCAGGUUGUCCUCUAACCAGUGAGGUAAAAGAUAUCUCCCAUUUCCAUGUGUUUUUGUUUAGUUGUGUUCGUUUCAACAGCACAUACAACCUGAUUUCCCCCCCAAAUCAAUAUCAGUGAUUUAUUGCUUAUUGUCAAAACAACAGGGUUUGUGGUGCUUGUGCAGUUAAUAAGGUGCUUGUUUAACAAAUACAAGUCAGAGAGAAUAAAGUAGGCGGCACACGUCAAACGUUUGAUUUAUGACCCGAUGUCCGGAUGACGUGUGCAUGCCCAUAUUUGGGCAUCCUGUAAGGACAUCCGGGUGGGAACUUAUCACGUGCUUAUGCCCAUAUGUGGGCAUCCUGUUCCGGUUCUCACGCGUUAGAGGGUGUGCUAAUUUAUGCAUAUAUUGCAUCUAUUCCUUUGAAGUUGUCAUGAUGAUUGAUGUCUAGGGACCUCUUUGAACUGGGGGGGGGGGGGGGGGGUGGGGAUGUGUUUGAACAUUUCAAAGAGUAUGGCCCCCCCACCCCCUAUUUUAUUGACCUGUCGACCUAUUGUCUAUGAAACAGGAAUGUCUGGGGGUAUUGGGUGUGGCAGACGCAUUAUAAAUAAAGCCCAGAACAAGACAUGCGGCCCGAACACUAAACAAGAUUUUAAAAAUAAAACCCUGAAUAUUAAACAGAAAAUUAUGUCGAAUAGGCCAAUUCUCGGGGUGCUAUGCAUCUCUUGUCAUGCACCCAAUGACAAAAGCCUUGAGGAAGUUUUGUGUGAGACUCCAGAAUGUUUCAAAGGAGUUUUGGUUAGGAGUGAGGGGCAUAUGUCUUACAUAUUCCAACCUGAGGAAUCUACGGUUAAGAUAUUCACAGACAGCGGCCCCAAACCCCUUUAUCAGGCAAAACCCGAGAGUUUUUCUCCUGCGCUGCGGAUGAGAGAAUGGCUUAAGAAAAGGCUUGCACUCUGUCAAAUUGAACAGGCCCUGAGUGGUACAACUCUCCCCGGAUAUGCAGUGGAAGAACUGGUCUGCGGACGCAGUGAUCUGAAGGCCCUAAGAAUCGCUUCAAUGGCAUAUAGAGUCCAAAGUGACAAUUUUAGCAUGUGAACAAUUUGAUAGUGCAAAUGCGACGAAAUCUGUCAUUUCAUAUGUAUUUUCCAAAGCAUUCAAGGAUGUAAACUUUUUAUGCCAGUGUUUAGCUUUAAAUGGAUUGAUUAUCCCAUAUUCAUAACCCUUAUGAAUAAGCUGGACAGUCUUUUCCAAAAUAGUGAACAAUUAUGGCGCUGGCCGCGUCUAUCCUUAAGACAUUCCCAGGAUCCACAUGCCCGACUGAUGAUCUACCCCUGGAGUGAAAACUUACGGAGCUUUGAUGGAGCUUUGAUGGAGCAUGUAAGAGAGCCUGUCUUGGCAUUGGUGAAUUGGAAACGGAUGCAGGUCAGGGCUAACCAAGCCCUAUAUCUGUAAGAAAAGAAUAGUAAAAUGGUUAAUUAAUUAUAACAGGUUUUAAACUGUAUGUACUAAAUAUUUUGAAUUAAAUAAAUGCUUUUAA